GGAAAGUUAGCAUGUUUUGCUGGCCACAAUAAAUUGGUGAAAAUGAGGCACUGUCUCUGUCCUUUUUCAAAUUGUCUUCCUUCUCUGAAGUCGAGGUUCAUCAGUCACCAUGGCAGAUGAAGCGGACAUGCGCAACGAGCUGGCCGACCUGCAGACACGUGCAGACCAGAUAGCUGAUGAGUCCCUGGAGAGCACUCGGCGUAUGCUGGCUCUGGUUGAAGAGAGUAAAGAUGCCGGUAUCAGAACUCUGGUCAUGUUGGAUGAGCAGGGAGAACAACUGGAGCGCAUCGAGGAGGGGAUGGACCAAAUCAAUAAGGACAUGAAGGAUGCAGAAAAGAAUUUGAACAAUCUAGGACAGUUCUGUGGUCUAUGUUCAUGUCCUUGUAACAAGAUUAAGGGCGGGGGCCAGGCCUGGGGAGCGAACCAGGAUGGCGUAGUGAACAGCCAGCCAGGGGCCCGUGUGGUGGACGAACGUGAACAGAUGGCCAUCAGUGGGGGUUUCAUCCGCAGGGUAACGGACGAUGCCCGGGAGAAUGAGAUGGAUGAGAACCUGGAGCAGGUGGGCGGGAUCAUUGGGAACCUACGUCACAUGGCCCUGGACAUGGGCCAGGAAAUCGACACCCAGAACCGCCAAAUCGACAGGAUCAUGGAUAAGGCUGAUUCCAACAAGACCAGGAUUGACGAGGCCAACCAGCGUGCUACAAAGAUGUUGGGAAGUGGCUAAACGGUGGAGGAAAAAAAAAGUGCUUUCAUCCCUGUUUAAAAUCCCAAAACCCAAACCCAAUCAAAUCCAG